CCCGGAGAACCUACGUCAGUGCUCAGACCCCCGCAAAGACCUAGAGAAAGUAGGGGGAUUUGGCCAAGGCUACUCAAGGCCAGAAGUCAGGGCUUCUGAUUCCCUGAGCUGGAUAUUUCUCCCCUAAAUUCCUACUACUUGCCAAAACUUUGCUGAGAAACCGAACAUUGAGACUUGACAAAAUUGAGGCCAUGCACUUUAUCUGCUUGGUCAGAUUACAUUUCUAAGUAGCCCCAUCAUACCCGUGACAUUACUUACCCACUUUUCGGAGGAGAGCCCAGAGACGUCCAGGUCUUUGACCAACGUGGCACAGCCGCUGAAGUCCAGGAGCAUGGCAGAACUCCCAAGGCUCAGAAAAAGAGAGCCUUCAAAGCAGCCAGCCCUGGAGACGUGAAGCCCCCAGGAGCCCCAGGUGGGAAAAAACCCAAAGCAGACCUCAGCCAGAAGACCCUGCAGAUGAAGACUCCCACAGAGGCUGCAGCCCCAAGCCUCCCAGCCUCCUCCAUUCUGACCCUGGUGUUAGGGAGGGGCCGCUUCCAGAAGGUGGGGGACUCUCUCAGCCUGCGGGCUGGGGAUCCCCUGGAGCUUCGCUGCCGGGGCAAGGUGGUUCACUGGAGGGUGCCUGUAUACCUAGAAGAGGAGGGCAAGGAACGCCUGAGAAUCAAGCGCUUCAGCCGUCACAGCCAGCUGCAGCUGGUCAACUCCACGGGCGCGGACACGGGGGAAUACAGCUGCUGGGCUCAGCACUGCCAGGAUGGUGAGGGCGCAGAAGGCGAGGCCUGCAAGGGAACGACCUUCAUCUUCUUCACAGACCCAGAGGAGCUCUUUGUCCCCACCGAGGAUUAUUAUAAGGUGGUGCAGUUGCACAGCCAUCAACCAGUCCUGCUUCCCUGCCAGGUGACCAACCCUCUGGCCCACGUGACACUGCAUCGCGAGUUCCCUCCGGAGGAAGUCCCAGUGGAUGGGAUAGACAUCUCCUUUGACGUGAAGAAGGGCUUCACCAUCCACCGGCCCCGAGCUUCCUUGGCUGGAGCCCUCUUCUGCUUGGCCAGCCUGGGUGGCUUGAGACAAAUCUCUACCAAGUACAUGCUGAUCUACAUCAAGUACCCAUCAUCCUCCCCCAAACCCACCAUCCAAGCUUCAGCAACAUCAGUCCAACUGGGAGAGAACUUCAGUGUGACCUGCACGGCUCUGGGUGAGCCAGACAUUGCUGUGGACUUUAUCUGGGAAUAUCCAGGGCAGAAGGUAAGCUGAGGGUAAGAGGAGGCUGUGUGUGUGUGUGUGUGUGUGUGUGUGUGUGCAUGUGUGUGCGUGCGCUGACGGUGUGUUGGGCAGGAGCAUGGGAGUGAGGAAUUAGGAGGAGGGUCAGGAGCGAUCAUGACAGAGUGGAACCACUGCUUGACUGAGAUUCAGAGGAACCUGACACUGCUUCUCUGCGUGACCUUGGGCAAGUCACUUCCCUUUCCUGGGCCACAGUUUCCUCAUUUGUUAAAUAGAGCUACUUCUCAGGCUACUGUAUAAAAUUCGUUCCUUUGUUAAUUUAUCCAACAAUUAUGGAGCACCCACCACAGGCCAGACACUGUGCUAAGUGCUGAGACCACAAGGAUGAGGCGAAAAGAGAUAUGGCUUCUGCUGUCUGCAAGCUUACAGUGGCAAAUGAACACGGUCAUCAAGAGAAUACUAAGGGCUACCCUGAGGAUACGACAGGACGGAUGCGAUAGCACCUUAAGAUAGAGUCAAGGAGUCUUCUCUGAGGUGACAUUUGAGUUGAGACCAGACUGGCCCAAAUCUCAUGAGAACAGAGCCGAGGCAAGUGCUCAGUCCCUGUGGCCAGUGUGUGUAUAAUAAGAGAUGAACAAAAUACA